CGAUAGUUGCUAGGCAACAGGGUCGCUUUGCGGUUAGGGUCGCCGUCCCGCUUCCGGCGGGAGGGAGUUGCUCCUGAGGCGCCGGCUGUUCCGAGCGCAGGUCGCUCAUGCUGACAUCCCUGAAGUGGCGGUGACCUGGCCGCCUGUAUUUCAGGAUUGGCAGUGAGGACUGACUUUCAGUGACUUCGAGAUGAGCUUCCUGUUGCCCAAGCUGACUAGCAAGAGAGAAGUGGACCAGGCAAUAAAAAGCACCGCGGAGAAGGUGUUGGUUCUCAGGUUUGGGAGAGAUGAAGAUCCGGUCUGCCUGCAGCUGGAUGAUAUUCUUUCCAAGACCUCUUCCGACCUAAGUAAGAUGGCUGCUAUAUACCUGGUAGACGUGGACAGAACCCCAGUGUAUACACAGUAUUUUGACAUCAGUUAUAUUCCAUCCACAGUGUUUUUCUUCAACGGGCAGCACAUGAAAGUGGAUUAUGGAUCUCCGGAUCACACUAAGUUUGUGGGAAGUUUCAAAACAAAACAGGACUUCAUAGAUCUGGUUGAGGUGAUCUACCGAGGAGCCAUGAGGGGAAAGCUGAUUGUCCAAAGCCCUAUUGACCCCAAGAAUAUUCCCAAGUAUGACCUUCUCUAUCAAGACAUUUAGCACACGCGGUCAGCGAUGAAGAGAAAGGCACAUCUUGAAACAACGCUUUGGAACCACGGUCAGUGUCCUGGUGAAGAGGUUCGGCUUGUCCGUGAGGCGCUGGGCGCCUGCGUGGAGACCACACUGGUGCCGGGAUGGCCUGGACCAUCUAACGUCUGCCCUCAGCGAGCCUCAGAGAAGUCAAGUGACAAUGUCCACUUUGUCCAGGGUGGUAUCUUAGACGUCUCUAGACAGUGUGCUUUUCUUUACGCCUUGGGAUAGCACUGAACACUUGUAAACCUUGGGUAGUACAAUAGCCAUGUUUAUUGGCCCUCAACUAAAACACAAGGUCAGUUCAUGUGAGAGCAACAAUUCUUACUUUCCACCUUAGAUGCAUGCCCGUUUGUUCUCGUGUGCACACAUGCAUCCACACACGGGCGCACACGCACAUACACACACACGCAAACCCCUCAAGCUCUCCUUCUCCAGUCCUUUCAGCCCCAGUUGUUCUUGGAAUAAAUAAUCCUGUACUGAUAGCCAGCAAGUUUGUUUUAUCUUGGACACUUUUUGGCACAAACUAAAGUCCUGUCCUGGUUGGCUCAUUUUACAACUUUUAUGAUAAUUAGUCUAAGAAUGAGAAGUUGAACCCUUACUGUGUAGCGCUGUGUCUGAGCUAAGCAGAGCUGACUGCCUGUGUCCGUAGGAGCGCAGCUCUCCUGGAAGGCAGGCUCCCGGCGGCAGAUGGUGGCGUCUCACGUGCUCAGGACUGCAGGGAUGUGAGAACUCUUUGAAACAACACCUCUAUGGGAUUCGCCUGCUUUGAGCACUUUGUGACAGCGUCUUGCUCUCUCAGGGUCCCCUGACACAACCCGGGCAAGUCACUGCUCUUCCUGAAACCUCAUGGUUGUUUAGAAUGAGAGGAUGAACGCACGGCUGGAGGGGGCCAGGCGGCUGUGAGCUUGCUGACAGGCCCGUGUGACCCUUGCCAAGGCUGUCCAGCACAGAGGGACGUGAGCAGGACUCGGCUGUGGCUAACGUGGUGUGGAAGGGAGACUGCUGGGCACUUGGCACAUUCUUCACGGAUAAAAGAGAACGAUUGCAGGAAACACAACUCUUUCACUGCACAUCACUUUUCUCCUUUCCCCCACUCCAGCUUUUGAUUUCAUUGUGAUGCAUGGGGCAGCAGCAGCUACCUUUGGACUUUGAGGCAGCUAGCAUCAGGUUGAAAAAUUGUUACAUUGAGAACAAAAAUGAAAAGAGCCUGUUCACCGGUGGUAGUGAUGUUUGGCUACUGGGUAGACUAGACCUGCCUCCCCAGACGUCUGUGAGAGGGUAAAAUGCCUUCAUUGCUUGGUCACCGCUGACUGCAUUUUCUGCUCAUAGCCGGUACUGCACAGAAGUUGGAGUGUGGGAAGUACCUGAUACCAGCAAGAACUCAGAACUUGCAUGCAUAAAGUGUCUGUAUCUCUUCACAUGGGCUUAGGGAAUCUUUCUCUGAAGGCCUGAUUUAUGUUGGAGAUCCUCGUAGCUGCUUGUUUAGUACAUACUGUGUACCGUGUCCUGUGCUGGGUGCUACAUAAAUCUAAAUGGCUCCUGCGCAGGGAAGAAAGGCUGCUUAGAGGGGCCCUGCUCGAGUCCUACAGGAGAGAAGGAGGUGCUCACACCAGAGGCGGAGGGCAGCUCGCAGAGGGCCCUGAGAAGAGGCCCAGGGUUGUAGACAGCAGGCAGUGUUUAGAAAGCAUCAGGACUUUGGGGCCGGCGUUGUGGCAUAGCGGGUGAAGCCGCCCGGCUUCUCAUGUGGGUGCCAGUUUGAGUCCCAGCUGCUCCACUUCCAGUCCAGCUCUCUGCUGUGGCCCGGGAGUGCAGUGGAGGAUGGCCCAAGUGCUUGGGCCCUGCACCUGCAUGGGAGACCGGGAGAAGCACCUGGCUCCUGGCUUCUGAUCGGUGUAGCACCGGCCAUUGCAGCCAACUGGGGAGUGAACCAGAAGAUGGAAGACCUCUCUUCUCUGUGUUAUUUUCUCUCUGACUUUCAAAUAAAUAAAUAAAUCUUAGAGAAAGAGGUUUUUUUUAAAGUUAGCAAGAUUCAGUGAAAAUGGCUCAAGAGUUUGUAUUCAGACAGCGUCACUAUUCAAUAGUGUAAUCUUGAGCUAAUCACAUAACUUCCCAGGGCUUCGCUUCCUUGUCUAAAGAUUAACCUUUCUGAGACCUAGCGUAAAGUAGGCACUCCGUCAACGAGCAGGAUCCCCAGUGAGAACAGUGCAUCACCUUCGUUUUUUUUCUGGUUGACUGUUUCCUGCCAUAUGCCCAGUAGCGUCUAUACCAUUUCGCUGCCCGUGUACCAUACAUGAGGCAAAAAAUGUCCAGGACUAAAAACACAGAAAGGAGUCCAAACGUACAUAUAUAAAAGCUCUUUAUUGGUUGACCCAGCAGUACAGCUCUGGCACCCAACAGCAUCAGACUGUCUGAUCCCAUCUACUCCUAUCCACCUUUCCCUCUCCCAGGGUGAAAUCUUGCUCUAGGUAAGGGCUUCCAUCCUGUCUUGUACUAGUUGCUGGCUAUGAUUUUCUGAAUCCAGUCCAUGAUGUUGAAUGUCUUCACAUACACACCAUACUCAGCAACA